ACCUUUGGAUUAGUGUAAAAUACAUGAGUUGCUUCCCUUAAGAAUUGGCGGGUUCCGGUGUAAAUAAAGACAUGUGAGUCUUGGAAACAUGAUCAUGAGGAAUGUUACUUACAAGUAGGAUACCCGAAGGUGGUCCAGAACAGAUAAAUGCUUCAUCGUAAUCCAUAUAGAUGGCAGAACACACGGGAAAUUUGGAAGAGUGCGGUGAAUGGGAAGAGGAGGAAACCACAGUCGUUGUCGAAUUGUCUGGUAUUUUAGAGAGUGACUUCAUAUCGCAGUGCGAUGGAGAUUGUAAGGUUCUGGGUAUAAAUACAGACAACCCCCUCCUACAGCUAGAUCGAUACACAUUCUCCGGGGAGUAUGCAGACACCACAGGGACAAACCUGAUCUUCACGCAGGGAGAUGCUAUAGACGAAGAACCCAGUCACUUCCACGAGACUGCUGAUAAACCUACAAAAAAUCUGGAGUACCUGUGUAAAGUGGACAAGAAGCUAAACAUGUCGCGGGUGUUUGUUUCCAGGACUCACGGUGAUGAGGAGGAUAAAGAUUCUGGUGAAAACAGUGCUAUCGAGGAAGGCAGUGGAAAAACUGAUACAAACAUUAACCCAGACAUAUCAAACACAGAUGCAACAGCCAUGUCUGUAGAUACAGAAUCCACAUUACAUCAACUGGACAGUGGAGCACCUACUGAGCCACAGCUGGACACACUUAGUGCAGGUUCAGGGUCACAAAUGGAUACGUCUAGUGUGGUGACCAUUGGACCACAGACUGAUACCUCCCAAGCUGUCCCAGAUUAUCUUGGACCAGAAAUUGUACUACAGUGUGACUCAGAUGGAUAGUGUGAAACUGGAAGAUGAUGUUGUUUUUAAAAGCCUGAAUAACUUAUAUUAUGUACUGUUAAAUGCUGAAUAAAAUGUCCCGUGUAAUUAUG